AUGUUGUCAAACAGAGCAGAUAACCAGGACGAAACCACACCCUCGGUAAGCGAUGUGACAACAGUGGCGGUGACGGGAAUCGCCUCCGUCGGUCUGACGACCGUUUGGGUACUUUCCCACGGCGAGGCCAAAUAUGCGUUGGUAACGGCGGUCUCUCACGGUCCGUCGAGUUUACAAGUUUUCACUUUAGAAGCUUGUCGAACGGAGAAUGGCGACAAGUGA